CCGCCGUAUCUCGUCCGCGUCAGUUUUCACCCAUCCUGACAGGAGUUGACCUCACCAGCCAUACGGCACAAUAUGUAAUCACAGUCCUGCCGAGCAGUAGAAGCACACCGCUACAGACACACACACAAUCUGCACAAAUGAGUCAACCACCGUUACUGGAUAGAGACUCUGAUGCAGACCAGGAGUCAUCCAGCGAGGAAGCGUUGCUAGAGGAACGCCGCUCCACACCGCCACUGAGGACAUUCAAGGCCACCAAGAGACCGCACAGUCCUGAACAGCAGCACGCCAGCACCAAGUCAGUGCACUUUCAGUCUAGAACACCGGUCAGCACAUGUCCCAGUAGCAGCAACCCGUCCAUGACCUCACCUACCAUGGCACACAGACCUCGCAGUGCCAGUCAGGACCUGAGGUCUCCCUUAGUGCAGUACCACCCUGAUAGCAAGUCAGUGGAGAGAGUACCGACAUCGGCAUUCUCCACUCAGUUCAUAGUGCACCCGUCCGCCUCCGCUAUCCUACCACCGGCAGUGUUCAUGCAGGCACAUGGAGAGGUCCUGCCGCCGGGGACGUUCUUUGCAGCACCAAUGGCUGCGUACGGUCAGGGCCACCGUGUUCUGCCCCACAGUUCACCGAUACCCAGCUCAGUGUCAACACCGGUGUACACAACACACGAGGGAGCAGCGUACGGCUACGGCAGCACCACGCCGGGAACAUCGACGCCGUGGUCGGAUGGUCGGCAGGCCAGCCUGUCUUCAUCCACCGAUCAGCUGACCACGUCGUCGUCGCUAGGCUCCGCACCCGGUGCCAUCACAGCCCGCUCACCUCACCAUCAUCGCACAGUGCCACCAUCGCCACAGCAACGUGCCACCGAGGCCUUCCCUGGCAUGCAUCUAUCCAGAGAACAUAGAGGAACAAGAUUUCCUUCGGCCGGUUCACUGAGCUCGAUCAGCACACCGAGCGUAGGUCCACGACCAGCGGGUCCACUGGAGAUGCACCCGGAAACGUACACAAUACACCCAGCACCACCAACACCUCAAGCAGCUACACCAGUGGCCGGUGGAGGUCACGCCCAUGCCGUACCAACACCACCAGGAGUAGCCGCAGCGGCGGCAGCAGCAGUGCCAGCAGGCUAUAGCAUGCACCCAGAGUACACGACUAUCGCAGCGACUGCCGUACCGGCGGGAGCGCCCGGCAUGGAGCAGAUAUUGACGCUGCCCUACCAGAGCCAUCUGGUGCGCGAGAUGCGCACGAAUGCGGCAAUACGACUGCCUGCGAUGCCCAGACCGGAAGAGGGCCAUUGCCAGGCAGGUGGUGAGCUUCGUCUUAGUCAGCUGAAGCACUGCGGUCAGAAAAUCCACGUCCCGGCUGGUUGUGCUCUGGUUGGCUGCAGGUCACCACAGCUUGGUCAAACAACACUGCUGGCAACCGUGGAUAAACGGUACCUACCCGACCCGCACACGGGAUCAAACGUGCAAGGUUUCCAUGGCAACUGCAUUGGGUGCGGGAAGACGGGAUUCCACUUCUUCACGGACUUCUGCACCCAUAUCAACCUGCGACUGAACACACAGCCUAAGAAACAGAAGCACAUCCGCUACUACAUUGACAUGGAUGAUAACGGCAGCUUGAAGACGGGCACGGUGGUGCCUUGGAAAGGUUCCUCUACCUUACUUCUCUUUACGUCCGGAGCUAAUCGAGGCACAACUGGUAGUGAAUCUGACGAUGCUACAUCACCUGAUCACCUCGGCAGCAUACACUCUGGGUCGUCGGCCGGCAAAGAGGCUGUUAAGUACAGCCCGCAUGCCGGCAUUGAGCCACCAGCCAAACGUCCGAUGACCAGCACGCCAGCCGAUCAUCCACCUGCUCUUGCACCGGCUAGCAUUCAACUUGCCACACCACAGAAAAUGACAACUUCACCGCCGCUUCCUAAGAGCCAAUCUGUGGCGCAAAGGCCUACUGCUGGCCAGCAGCCCAGCGACAGUCUAGCAAGCAGCUCGGGCAUGACAUCGGCAAUGGCUCCCAAACGCUGGCAGUCACCAGCUCUCCUACCAUGCUUUGGUCACAGUGCUGAUAUCAUACAGGAUAUUUCUGCCAGUCUACUUCCCAUGGCUGCCAGCACAGGUGAAGCAAGUGGCCAACCACCACCACCAUCACCACCACAGGAGUGUGUGUGGGAUUUCUUCGAGCAACCUCUAUCCACUGUUGAUGAGCUCUGCCAUCGCUACCGGGGUGCUAGUCCCGGGCUGGAAGGUGGUGAUACAGAGUACCAACAAGCAGCUGCUUUCGUCAGUGAAGCUUGCUUUCUGCUAGGCAGCUUUCUGCUGACCAACACAAGUUUCAAGAUCCUCCUCCGAGAAGCAUUCACAAUGUACAUGCACCGUGGGUUAGUUGCAAGUAGGCAACAACAGCAGCAGCAACAGCUGAAGACGGCCAACAGGCCCAUGGACUGUAUAGCAGUUAGAUCAACAUUGUUAUCACUGGCCGCCAGCAGCAAUGAUGUACUGUCCGUCAGCACAUCCAGUGAGUCCUUGAUGGACGCCGUUCAGAAGGGCGUGCGAAAUAGCACGGCAUCAUCGGAGACAGCCGCCCAACAGCAGCCAUGCAGGCCUGACUUCACAAUCUGCAUCUAUUCCAGUAGUGACUCUGUGUUUGAUAUGCAAGUCUGUGUCGUGCUGCAGUCCAUGGACUUGCUGGCCAAACUACAAGAUAAUGAGCAUGGCUUGCAGCCAGCAAAGGAGACCGGCAUUCACGACCUGUAUGAAGUCUUUGUAGGAAUGCAGCUGAAGACUGGAAUGUUGCAGCAAAGCAGUGCUUCUCCACUGCAACAGCUUCCUGUGAGGACGUAUGGGCAACCCAGCGACCCAGCUGGUCCACUCAACCUACCAUCACCGAGCAGGGAUUCAGUUUGUCUGUCUCAACAUCAACUGCAGGUUGCUUCAAACCUUGCCAACAAGUGCUAUGAACAAAUGGUAAGGCAGUUGAAAUCGAUUCCUGGUCAGAGCUAUGAUAUGAUUGAUUUCAUCAUAUUGGUACGCCAGAGCUGUCCAGUGUAUGUAGAGAUGGUUCAGCGACUCAUCCAGUCACGGGCAGUCGAGGAGCUGCUACAGUCUCGAGGUGUCUCCCCAGUGCACGUAGCUGAGGUAGCCAGGGAGCGCGUGAUCUGUGUGGACAGCGAGGACCACUUACUGGCCAUGCAACUGGCCAAACUGGGCGCGUACGCGCUGGGCUGCCCACGCACACUGUUCUUGGUCAUUGCCAAGGACUGCAUGAAGUCACCGGUGGCCAGCGGGACUGCACAUGGUCAGCUGGACAACUUGCUAGCACUGCCCAACACCUUCAUGAUCUGCUCCAUGAUGUCACACUAUUCAUGGCUGGCCACUAACUCACUGCUGCCCGAGGACAACAUAGUAGAACUGUGUCCGGAUGCCAGCACCUACCAUGGCCUCAAACAGCUGCUUCACUCGCACACCUGGUUCAGCAAUUCCAUCACCGAAGGCGAUCAGAAAUGGAUGGUUGAUGAGGCCUUUGAGAGCACACUAACCAGAAUGAAGCCAUCCGUCACAGCCAGCGCACAUCUGAUGUCAGAGAGUGAGCUGCGAACAUUCCAAUUGCUACAGGAGUAUGUCCUAGCGUGGGACCACCUACGCUCUGGCCAGCACCAGCGCCAACGCUGCGUGUCGCAAGUGACCGACGACAUCAUCGGUGACCUAAUGCACAGCAAAGUGCCAGCUAGUAGCAUUGUCCGCAUUCCCCACCAGGCACUGGCCCUCUUCUUCUGGAAUCAGUUGUGCAGUGUAUUCCAUGGCCAACACAGGGAAUCUAGUAGCAAUCUCUCCGACGAUAUCCUCCUAGCUCUCUAUGAUGGUCAGGGGCCAAUCCGAGUGUGCCAGAAGGUCAGAGGAAGUACCAGCUUUCUCAGUCCAGAGAGCCCACGUCCGCCGUCCGCAUCAUCGAUCGGCGGCCAGUGUUUCAGUCAGGUGUCAUCGCUGCGCAGUCUACCCGCUGGUCGUGUGCUGCUCGUCUUGGCUGGCUCUGUGACUAGUCUACAUAUUCCCAUGAAUGUUCGCUUCAUUGACUACCGUGGCCAUGGACGCAGCUACCUGACGCGGGCAGAUAUCCAGGAAGAACUCAGCCUUAUGCAUGGCUACUCACAGCCAUCACACCCGUCUACGACUACCCCGACAAGUGUCAGCAGGUCGAGCAGUACCCCCACAAGGACUCAUGAUCACCUGCCCUGCAUGGCAGUCUUGUCGGUAGCAAUGCUCCUGCCAGUCAGUGCUGUCGUUGGCUCAAAGUCAGAUUUACCAGCGCCGGAACACAUCCUGUACGGCAUUCAGAACCUGCUGCCCUGUGAGAGACUGCGGUGGCUAGAUGGCAUACACCGCCGGCCCCUAGUCAGCAGCCAGCAGCGCUCCGCUCUUGCUGGCGACCAGCUAGCAGACGAAACAGCGUACUACCGAAUGUGGUGCAGACUGAGGUGCAAUACAGCACAUGCUGAGCAAGAGGCAGCUGUGGACACAGAGCCACCGACUAAAAGCCCUAAGCUCUGGCUACUCAUGGGACCAGCAAAGAGUGGUAAGGCGGCCAUUCUCCUGGAAACACUACGGUUGCUUAUUGACAAGUGGGUCAGUGACCGACAGCCCAGUCUGACAACAACAACUACCACGGCAGCCGCCGCCGCGACGACAAUGACGUCAGCGAGACCGGAGAUCAGCGGCCAAACAUGACAUCAGUGAUUGCUGAGCCAGUCGGCGAUACUGGCCUAACACAGGCUCAUAGUCGGCGAUACUGGCCUAACACAGGCUCAUAGUCGGCGAUACUGGCCUAACACAGGCUCAUAGUUCCUAGCCAGCUACAUCGAUGCUAUAAUGCCAAAGCCUGAGCGUAGUGUGGGAAAGAUAAGGAAGGAGACGGCAACACCGAGAUAGCUCUCAUCGCACAUCUGACCGGAAGCUUACACAGCUGGACUAGAGCAUGUACACUAUGUAUAUACUAUUGUAUAGGUUGAUAGGGCUUGCCACUUUGUAAGGAUUUGACACCCUGCAGCCAGUGAUAGUCUUCUUGUAUAAACAGGACACUGGCAAAUCCUCACUCACUGCACUACCAAACGCGGCUUCGUGCACCGAAGUGCAGCCGACUCCACCCUAGGUCUACGAAUACCAUGCAUUUAGUGACCGUUUGGUUCCAUUUUAACUAUCUCUGACCCUCUGCUUAUAGCUGGUGUGCCGGGGCUGUGGCAUGGACUGACUGCUGAUCUUCCUCCUUUUCUACAAAUUUAACGUGGGAUUUGUUCCUUGAGAUGUUACACUGACUGACCGCUGGCUAGUUGUGACAAUUUUACACAUUGAAAAUCAAUUGAGGUGGUAAACUAGCCGCCAAUCGCUUCUGAUCAUUUUUGAGUUUCUUGCAGCAUCUUCGGUUCUCGUCUACUCCUAUUUAAUAACAGGUCACAGGUCACAGGUCACAUGGUCAUGGUGAUCCAGCCACACUGUAUGGAUAGCACACAGCCAAGCAGCACCCUAUAAUUAUUAUACCCUGCCUUUCUCGCUAUUCAUUUGUAUUCUUAGUCUGCAGUACUGGUUAAAUGCUGCCCAGUAAAGCUGAUCAGCAGCAGUAGAUCUACACACUACACAGCGAUUACACAAACGUGUAGUUCUACAGAACGUGUACAAUGCUCAGCUGUCUAGUGUGAUCAUGUUUCAAGAAAUCAGAAAACCCGUACCGACAUUCACAAUCUAUCGCCCAUGUAGAUACUGGUCUGUGGAAAUUAACACGUUCAGUCUGAUCUUGCCUGAGGUGCCUA